AUGCAUCUAUCGUUCUACAGUGGCCUCUUCUCCUACUCCGGCUGGAAUUACCUCAACUUUGUCACUGAGGAGCUGAAGGACCCCUAUCGCAAUCUACCCAAAGCCAUUUGCAUCUCCAUGCCGUUAGUGACGAUAAUUUAUAUGGUCACGAACGUUGCUUACUUUUCGGUGCUGUCCACCGACGAAAUACUUUCAUCGGAUGCGGUGGCAGUCACCUUUGGGGACAAGAUGCUGGACUAUAUGUCUUGGGUGAUGCCCUUUGCAGUGGCCUGCUCGACUUUUGGCUCGCUAAAUGGCGCCAUUUUUGCAUCGUCUAGGCUGUUUUUCGUAGGGGCACGCAACGGACACCUACCAGCAGCCAUUUCUCUCAUCAAUGUUAACUGUCUUACGCCAGUGCCAUCGCUGAUAUUCCUGGGCGUUCUCACCCUCUUGUUGCUGUUCAUCAAGGACACCUACGUGCUAAUCAACUACGUCAGCUAUGUGGAGGCCCUGUUCACGCUUAUCUCGGUAUCGGGACUGCUGUGGCUGCGCUACAAGCAGCCCAAGGCGGAGCGACCCAUUCGCGUCAACCUGGCACUGCCGAUCAUCUAUCUGAUCGUUUGCCUCUUCCUGGUAAUAUCCUCGUGCUCGCAAUCGCCCUAUGAAGUCGGCAUUGGCACAAUAAUCAUCCUGUCCGGCAUUCCGAUCUACUAUCUGACCAUUCACCAUCCGGUCAAGUGGCUGGCGGACACCUCGCAGUCCAUCAAUCUGUGGUGCUCCAAGUUCUUUAUUUGUAUGCCCAAUCAGGAAAAGUUCGAUUAGAGAUUGAGGAGAGCAGGAAAGGUGCCUUCAGCGAAUGCAUCGAUCGGGCCCAAGUCUCAAGCUAUCGCUAAUAUUGAACAUUUUAAUUCUACGCACAACAUUACGGAAGUGUUAUUGUAAAUAACUCAAAGGCAUUCUGGCAGCAGAACUUGGCGCGAAUUUUUAUUAUUACUUAUUCAUAUUUUAUAUAUCAUUUGUCUCCCUUCCACAACAAAAAAGAGUUCCUCGGAACAGCAGCCAAGAAAAGACAAAACCAAUAUUUUAACAAUUUUUACAUAGUAUUUAAGAGGAAAUUUAGAAUUUAUUUUAUUAUAUUCGAAGUAACUUUUGCAAAAUGUAAAAA